UAUGAUACUGGCAUGUGUCGUGGUUGAAGAGAAUAGAAAUACACGACAGAAAUUGGUGUCACUCCAAGCAGGCACGUCAUAGCCGGGUCUGAAGCCGACAGGUGCCCGACUGCACCCAGCCCGAGACGACUCGUCACUGGUGGCCACAGGUGAGAUGCGCUUAAAGCUCUUACAUGACGAUUCUCUGUGUUGGGAGCAGUGUGGGCAAAUGUUGGUUACAUUAGAAGAUUCUAAAUUCUGAUUCGGCUAUUUCUAGAAAACAAUCUGUGUGGGAAUAAGCAGAGAGAGGCAGUGGAGAAUUUGCUUGUAUAAUUUGCUGUAUAUAAAUAUAACUAACCAACUGCUUUAUUUGUGUGUUGUACUUUGCUUUUAUUGUGGGGAAAUAGAAAAUAACAUGGCCUAUUGACCUCUAGACGUUGACUUAAAUGUUGACUUAAGGCAGACGCGGAUUGGACACUCUAAUAUUAAGGGCUUUGAAGUCUGUAUUUGUAUAGUAUAUAUAAAGGCUGUGUAAGUACCAUAACUGAUGCCGAUGGCUUCGGCCCAACAACGCUGAAGUGGCAAAAUAUAUGCAAAUUUUUUCACUGGACUGGACACUCUCUAUUUACUCUUUCAUAGGGUAGGAGCUAUAUUGUGCCAUUUCAAAAGCGUACACCAAAUUUACAGGGGGGGGGUGCGUAACAAGCAUUAGGUUACGGUGUGGCCUCAGUGCAUUAGGACAUAGAGUGUGACCUUGUGCUACACAUUCAAUCAAAUUUUGGUUUUAGGCACUGUAGGUUUAUGUGCGUAUGAGGAGACCUACAUUAAGCUUGGGACUGAUCAAUCCAAGUGUAGAUUUUCUCAUGAGUUGUGAGGCCUGAGAGACAUAGGGAAAUCAGUAAAAGCGCUUUCUGUGAUAUGCAUAUGAAGUGUGCUGGCAAUAAUGUAUGAAGUUUAAUCAAGUGUGUAUUUGUGUAUAUACGUAUGUGAAGUUAAACGGCGUAAUAGUUGCUUGUUGCUGAUUUAAAUUUGAGUAGGCUGGGUUGACAGCGGCUCCUCUACUCCUCCGGUGCAGAAGGAGUGUGUGUGUGUAAGAGAGAGGAAAAGAGAGCAGGAGGGCGGGGGAGUGAGUGUGUGUGUGUGUGUGGACUAGAGAGAGAUCCCCGCUCCUCUUACGUGUGUGUCUUCAGAUAGUUUUUAAUUUUUGUUGUUGUUUAAUACUUUAACAUUUUUGAUUGUCCUAUAUGGUGUUCACUUUUCUUUGUAAUUUAAUAAUCCUUUUGACGUAAUCUGAGUAUUUUAGUGCAUUUUUGGUGACGACGUGUCCGCACUGUGGUUGGGAGUGGUCAAGCUGGUCACGGAGUGUGAAGACCGCGGCUGCUUUGUUUAUUAAAAUAAUAAAAAAGGGGGGAGUUGAGGCGCGGUCUCUGAAUUGGGUGUGGAGGCGUCAGCUGUGUGCCUCUUCUGUUGUUCACGCUCCCGAGAGAGUGUGUGUGUGCGUGUGUUUUACUGCUCAGAGCAUUAAGCUCAAGGGUGUGUGUGUGUGUCGUACUAGUCCUAGCAGUAGGCUCGGGUGUGGGUGUGUGUGUGAGUGUGCAUUGGAGAGACAUAGACACAUAGUUGGCAGACUGCAGUAAAGCCUUAGUUUUGUUCCUAUUAUUACUAUUAUUGUAACGGACAGCAGAUAAACUUCAAAACGUUUACUACGUCGUUUGAAGAGGAAGGAAUUUUACUGUAACGCUAACGCGUCUAAAUUGGCUCAGAACCGUCAGAAGUGUGCUUCUCUAAGAGCAGACUGGAAGUACAAAGACUUUCGAGCCUCCACCUGUCUGAGGCUCCGUCUCACCCCUCCCCUGAGGGUUCACCAACUUUUCAGAUCAGAUGUAUGUAUGUAUAGACUAUUAGUGCCUAGUUAGUAUUAGGUGAGAAUAAAUGUUAGUAAUAUACUAGGUGAGAAUAGAACCACAAGAAGGGGUUUAUGCGAUAUACAUGCUAGUGUACUAGUAGUGGUCUGCAGCGUGUUGGCUAUACUGUCUGUCAGUGUGUAUUGGUGGGAUUUAGCUUCUAUUUUUUUUCAUUUUCAGUUUCCAUUUUUGUCUGGUUCUACGUUAACUAGGUUAUUUGGGCAAAGUUAAUAAACAUUCCUCCAUUUAUAUCAAAGGUCUUUCUGCUCACGCGUCUGUAGCACCUGCAUUCUCAUGAGCAAGACCAACAUUUGUGAACUAAUGUGGGUUAGGCACAGCCUGUAACAUCACUAUCACGUUAAAUCAAGUGUUUCAAUUAUGCUGAUUUUGUGUAAACCUAGUAAUAUAAACAAAGCACAUGAUCAGCUCCAAUAGGACGCUUAUAAUUUUUCUUCAGCAGUUGCUCUGAAGUGGGCGUUUCUGCAGUGGUUUGGUUUUUCUUUGCAUCAGACUUACUCUUUAAUUCAGAACAAAUCAAAACUCAUCAGCUCAACAGUCACUAGGAAUGAUUAUCGGGCCAGUUGCUUAAAACAGAGGUAAAACCAAGAUACCCAGAAAGGAAGAGCGUCUAAUUACAAUUUAACUGGUUAAUAUUUAUGUUGCUUUUCACUAACUAUGGGUUGUAAAGAAAGGGAACUUACUUCAGUUAUGAACACUGAUUGAGAUUAGUUCAGUUACAAGUAUAAUUAGGUGUAAUUAGGGGUUGAAAUCAUAUCUUCAGUAAAGAUACAUACUUAAUAAUGAGAUCUGUGGAUGGGAACAUGUCUCCAGUCGAGGUGUUGAUGAAGGAAAUUCAGAAAUGCUCACACAAAUGGAGCAAGCGGACACAUGAAUCCACGUCGCCCUGGCCUUCAGAGGGGACAUUUGAUCUGAGGCAGUGUGCAGAGAUGCAGGGUUUUAUAAAAACCUAUAAGAUAAAAGACAAAUCUGUAAAGCGAGGCCUUAAAUGGGAAAGAGAAAAUGCAGUGUUGCAAUUGUUUAUCAACUGUGCAAAAACGAUGAGCAAAAAGACGACUCAAUGUGGUGAUAAUCAAUUUAAUCAGAUCUCUAUAAUUAAGUCUCUUUCAGAUGCGUCCCAGAUGGAUGCAGAAGAAACAAACCCAUUACGGACAAAGAAGCCAGUUCACCCUGUAGCUUAUCUAGAAGGGACAGACAGGGCAGUGAAAAGGGAUGAGUUGUUAGAACUGCCCGACAUUUAUUUAAAAACAGAGAAAAUCUCAAUUGGAAAUUCCUGCAGUGAAAGUAAUCUGCGUGACAGAGCAGUUAGAUCACUGUGGGCUGGGUCAAAUGAGGAAUCAGUGUGUGUGGGUGACGAACGGGUAAAUGAGGUUUCUGAUGGACUUCCUCUGCUGGUCAAAGAGGCAAAGCGUCAAAAUCUGCCCUGGCAGAAUGAUCUGACUGGCACUGUGGGACUUUGCAACUUGUCACUGGAACAAAUAACUGACCAUGUGGUUCAUGCUGUUGAGCUGCGUCAGAAGCAGGCAAAGGAGGCCGUGAAAGAAGCAACCCGCCAGCGGCAGCGAAAAGAGGGGGAGAAAAGAGAGACGAGGAUGGUCUCUGCUCAACCAGCCAGCGUGCCUCAGACCCCACCUACACCACCAGGCAUGGCCACACCUCAGGUGAUGUACAUUCUACCAGGAGGGUGGACAAGAAGACCUCCUAUGAGGAGAAGAGGGUUCCCUGCAGACAAAGGCAGAGGAACAGGGGGCAGCCACAGAGGAGGCGUGAGAUGCUACUGCUGUGGGAAGACUGGUCACGUAAGAAGCCAUUGCUUUGAUUGGCUACGAGGCUCACGAGGAGUGCCCAGACCAAAGGGGUCCGCUGAUCAAUGUGGAGGCCCCUCAGCUGGUUACUAGAGGGGACCAGACACCUGCAGGAUUCAUGAACUUUGUUGAUGGGCUUCAUCAAAAGCCAAAAAACCAGAGGCCUCUGAAUCCGUGACUUCACCUUGCUGCACACUUUAGUACUUUGAGACUCAGACAAAUAUCUAAAAUUGGGAAACAAAAUAAACAAGUCGGGCUGGUCAAAAUAGCUCAGUCCUUAAACCUGCCAAAAGAGUCAAAACUUAAAAAUAUGCCGAUUUUACUAGGCAAGGGAAAGACAAAGGUAUAGAGAAUAUUUCAAGAUAAAGUUCCCAAUUCAAUCACUCUGCUGACAAAUGCUCCACCUGAUGCUCAGUGGUUGACGGUGUUAAAAACAAUGUGAAUGUGAAGUAUGUGGAUCAAGAGACUGUGUGCACCAGACUUUGAGACAUGCCUCAUUCCAUCUCUCCAACUAACACUAACUGUAGACAGUUGUCUCAUUAUAUUGGUAAAGACUCAUUCUCAUUAUUGAGGUAAGGAAGUUUCACUAGACAAGCCUCAAUACUGUAGGAAGUGCCUACCACAUACCAUAAAGUGAUUGAAGUAUCUGAGGAGGUCAAUCAGCUAAAAAGGGAAUUUGAGGAGAGUGCAAAGGUUUCCCUCAUACAGUAAACAGCAGUUUGAUCCCUACAAUAUGUAAGCUAGUAUAACGCAUCAUGCUCUCAUGUGUUACAGAAAACAUCAAACUUUAAGGUGACUAAAACCAGGUGUGCCUUUCACUGCUACUGUGCCAGUUCUCCAAUAGACAGAAAAACCAAACCAUUCAGAACCUGCAAGGUGUAACUGUUGCAACAAUGCUUAGUCUUCUAUAGUACUGUAUUGUAAUGCUACGGAUUGUGGUGCUGCAAGCAGCUACAAUUCACUACACUACAUUUAGGAUUUGCACAGUCCGUCUACUGUUUAAGCGAGGCUGCAGUUUUAAUGAUCACCUUGACAUGUUUUGAUGAGGUUCUUAUCAUCUUCAUCAUUAAUAUAUUCCAACAGAGCAGAAGACACAUUUAGCAAAUGUGUAAACCAGGUCUCAGUUCAUUUUUUCUUUCCAUUCUUUUGCUAAACAGUUAACAUAGAUGUCAUCAGUCUGCAGGCCUUAAAGGAGUCAUAUCAUACUUUUCAUUCUAAAAAAUAUUAGACUUUAAUGUCUCAGUAAGGUCUCUGUAAAUUUUCAUCCCAUAAAACCCUUUAGAUCGUCCACACUGCCCCUGUCAAUAUGUGGUUCUCACUCCCCAUCAGCAAACGCUGUGUUUUCUGGGCGUGUCGCAAGCGAAGCUGCUCGCCACACCUCUGUGCGGAAGGGCAUACCUUUUUUGUUGUUGUUGUUUUUUUUUUUUAAUUGGCUCCAUGGAUACGAGCCACCACACGGUUACGAUACAAUAGGUGGCAGUAGUGCGACAUUGAGAAUGCAAUCCACCGCAAUCCUCCACAGAAGAAGACGACCCACUACAGGACUGCACAACAUUAACCAGCUGAUUCGUAGCGUUGUAGAACCAUACGUCUACGAUCCCGAAUCUGACCCUGAAGCUGAAGAGGAGGCUGUUGAAGUCGCCACAUUUCGGCUGAUGCAAGAUGUGUCUCAUUGUUGUUACAGGUAUGUAGUCUACAGAGGCUAGUGAGCUGGUGCUGAGGAUUUCUGGGGUGAAGAAUCUGAGUUGCCAUCUCUUCAUGCUUGGGUUGUAGAUGAAGGCAGUUUCCUGAUGGAUAAAACACUAAAACACUUAUAGUAUGAUUGAUGUAAACCACCUGUGGAAUAACUCCUUUACCAUUUGAGUAAAAAUGUGUUUUUUGUGAGUGCAACACUUGUUAAGAAUUUUUUUAUUUUAUUUAUAUAUAAUUUAUAUGCUUUUUAUUUAUGGCCGCUUCAACUUUAUAGCUUACCAUAUUAGAAAGAGAAAAACAUGUAAUUUCAAUACUAUGAUUUCCUACAUAAAAGUGUUUUACCUUCAGAAACAGAGUUUAGUGAAAUACAUAAUAGUUAAAGCCAACUUUAUUGUAAACCAAAAAAAAUACACCACUACUCCAAAGCUAGAACAAACUGUUACCUUCACACUCCAAUGUGCAAUGUAUAGGUUACUGAGUUAAUUAAGAGGUCUGGGGGUUUGAGGUCAGAAGCUUUUGCAGGGCCCUGCAGACGAAAUGCAUGAAAGUAGGGUAAACAGGGAGAUGUGGUGAUCCUUGUUCUCAUCACUAUUUGGAAGACUGAGCAGAAGCAGUCCUCUACCAGAUGGAAGCUGUGGCUGUCCUCACCAUCACCUCAUCAAAACAAAAGGUACUGCAAUCAGAAUUGUAGAUUAGUGAAAUGUUCAUUAUUAUGUAGGUCAAAACCUUCUCUAUUGUAAGAACACACAAUACCAGACAAAAAAUUAAACCAAACAAGAGGACAGGCCUGUCUGUGCUAAAACAACAGAUAAACAGUUGUUACAAUUCAAAUAUAAAAUCUAAACAGUAUAUACCAAUUAAAAUCUUCUAUUACCUAUCUUACUGUUGGUACAUAGAAACUUACAUACCUUUACUCCUGAGCUGGGCAGCAGAUGUCUGUGUACCAACAGUCUGCAGUGAUUUCUCUGUUUCACUGCCUCCUUGCAUGUGGGCAACUGGGAUUUGCCCUCCUACAGUAUAGAAAAGACUGUUACAUUUACUGUAAAUUGUAUUGGUCCUACAAAUAUAAUGGCUAUGGUACAAGCUAUAGGUAACUGACCAGAUAAGCAGCAGGUAUUGUAGAGAUGUGACCAAUUAGCAACUAAGCUUGAAACACAACACAGUAAUCAUUCCAACUAAUCAUGUUAGAAUUUGAUACAACAAUGACAUAACCCCAAAUCAUAAGUUGAUUUGGGCUGUGACACGGGACGGGGUAAUAACAAACAUAACCGCGUUCAUCUGCAAGUUCUUUUUGUAGCGAUCAACCAGCUGUAGCUCUAAAGUGCAAAGGCCUAAAGGCAUGCUAACGGCUAACGCAACACACAAACAGGAGCGGCAGCACGUCAACAGGACAAAAGCUCGAUCCACCGUUUCCUCCGGUUUCCGCCGAUAGAAGGCCCAUCGCUAUUAGCUGUUCCCCACACAGGUGUGUGAUUGCGCCAACUCAGAGUAGCACAAAGGGACAAAGGCUCAGUUGUCUCACUGUAGCCGUUAGCAACGCUAGCGAUUAGCUUGUCUCACAUGUGGGUUACUGCAUUUUAAACAGACCCAACUAACAUAUUUAGAUAUCACAAGUAUCAAGCACAAACUUACUACAGCGAGCUGUAAGAAUGGACUAUUCUGUUUCUGUUGUGUUUUAUCCCAAGUUGGUGAACUUAAUCCAUGGGGGAAAGGUUGUGGUCGAGUUGGCACAAAAAUUUGAUUUGGUAUAUACUGUAAAUAGCUUGCGCUACAGAGGAGUAUGAUCUCACAGCGGGACUCAUUGUGGAGUGAUAGGAAAAGUGACAGGAGCAGGGUAUGUGAGGGAGGAAAAGAGUUAAGGGAAGUCAAGGAGUGAAUGAAAAGGAAAGUGUAAAUGUGAUAAUGACAAUAGAAACAAAAUGGUGUUUAAUGCAUAAACCAAGUUUCUAUGUGAAACAGAUGAUUAAUAUACGCUGGAAAGCUGUGUUGUUCCAUUGCAGGAAAGAAGAGGACAAAGAAGAUCAAACUCCGGAUCACUGAUGGGCCCUGAGUGACACUGCUGACUCAUUUAGCAGAACAAGGUCACAGGCUAGCCUUUCUAAAUUAGAGUUCUCAUAGAGCAAGAGUCACUCUCUUAGCUCACGUGCACGACAAAAACCCUGAGCUCAUGACAUGACUGACUGAUACUGUAUAUGCUCUACGGACUGAGUAUGACACAUGUCGAUGAUGUUUCUUGUUGUUGAUUAUAUAUAAUGAGGGUUUAACAAUUUUCAUUCUGCAUCUCAGUGUGUUGUUGUACACAGGAAGCUCACAUUAACAACUUCAACCCUUCUCUCUACACAGAGUUGCAGUGGAGAAACUGUGUCAGCAUAAACAUCUCGCUUAAACUAAUUUUCUUUCCUAACCAACUUCUCUGCUACUCUUAACCUCCCUCCACAGGUUACUUCAGUAUCAGAGGAGGGUGUGUCUUAUGACCUGCUACGACUGUGGGUUUUUAUAUUCUCUGAUCUUUUGAUUUCUACAGCGACGACCUGGAACAAAAAGCAAACUAUAUGUUCUAUUCAGCCUAACCCUAACCCUAGCUCUGUAGGAUGGUUUAUGCUGCACUAUAGUGCAGAUCUUUCUGCCUCUCAGCUAUCAGCUCUCAGGUCACAGCUGGAGCACCAGUCUGAGGGGGACAGAGGAUGGUGCAGCAGAAGUGUGCUGGAGCCCUGAACGGUCCAGAAAUGAGGGACUCUAUGUUCAACGUGAAGGCAAGCUGGGCCAACUGGGUUGCUAGCAGAAAGGCAGGGCAUCAGAUGAGGCUCCAAGGACAACACAGAGGGUGCAGUGCCACAGCUUCCAGUACAACCGUGACGGACGAAGGAGGAGUCGAUGGAGCCAAAGGAGCUGAUGGAGAGUCCAAUUAUUCCAAUUCCAGCUACACUAACAAUCCUCACCCACCUAAUAUUGUGGGGCUGCACUGACCAAUACGGCUACUGGGUGUGGGCGGAGCGCCGCCCUUAGCUGCAUCGUUGAUAUACACUGAUGUUUGAAUUUGCCCGUGCAUGAGCUGAAUUGCAGAUGCUGGACGAAGUGAGAGCACAGACCUUCAUGAUUAACUGUGGUCGGUGUGGAGUCUGUGAAGAAUCUGUUGUGAUAAAGAGGACACUGAUGUAGAAUGAAAACUGUGAGGUUUGUUACUGAAUGUACUUGUUUACAGGCAGCGUGGGAGGAUCACCCGUUGGAGCUGAAAGAAGAGCUUAGGUGUUCUAUUCACCACAGAUUUUGUGAAUCUUUAACUUUGCUUUUUCAUCUUAAUGUUGAAGUUCAUGUCUAUUUAAUAUAAUGCAGUAUGAUGAGUCAAAGAGGAGCUUUCUUGGCCACUCGCUUUCAAGAUUGAUGGGCAUUAAAAUGCCCAUGAGGAGGGGAUUUGUAGUAUAUUUAGGUAUCAUAUCAUAUAUUAUAUAGGUAGUGAACAAUAUGUUCUGGUCAGGUUAAGAUGCAGUGACUGUUCCUCAACCCUUGCAGUUUGGCAGGGUCGUUGUCUGGGAAGCAUCUGGGAUAGACUCCAGGAAACAGACAUUUACAUUUACUUUUAGCAGUAAAAUUGAUCAUUGCUUAUGAGAGAAAUACAGAGAGUAGAUGGGUUCAUGUGUCCUCAGUGACUGGGGUGAAAGCGUUUGCGUAAACUGGGUUUGCAGAAUCGGUGUUCGCAGAAUCUGUUGUUGUUAACAAUGUUUAUCCAAGCUGUUCCUAAGGAAAUAUUCAAAAUGUCACGCCGACCUGGGAAAGGAGCUAGGAGGUUGAUGGUGGGCCAGAUGGAUCCAGGAGCUGGACAGACAACACGGCCCAGUGCCAGGACUUUCCAAGUAGCCUUAUUUGGACAUGUGGAAAGAUUUUAGGUGGUGGUUAAAAGCAGGCCUUUACAGGCUGGGGUUUUCAGAGCGCCUCGCAGAGGGUCCGCUGGUAGCACACAGCGGACCUUUUCCGACCUCGGUUCUCUCUGCAGAGGAACAAGCAGGUGAAUUCGGUCUCUGCCUCUCUUGUUAUUACUCUUUUGUAAUCAUUAUAUGAUUGUUUUAAUUUGUCAUGUAUAAUAAAUUUGUAUGCUAUUGAUUUAAACUUCAAA